AUGUUCGAAGGAUCUUUUGACGAAUCUUUUAUUUCUAAUCCAAAUUUCGACUUCGAAGCAAUAAAUAGGAAUUUAUUUGAUGACUUUAAUGAAACAGAUUGUACCGUGAUAUCGAAAUCGGAGCAAAUGCCUGUUUUUCUUCGCAUAAGGCCACUGAACUCUAACGAGUCGACAAAGAAAGUUCUUAUUCCUAUUGAUUUCAAAAGAGUUGUUCUAAAACCUGCAAAUGAAAACAAAGGCCUUCGAGCUGCGCCAGUUGCUUUUGGACAGGCUUCUCAUGAAUUUGAGUUCUCACGAGUUUUCGACGAAUCUGCUACUCAAAGCGACGUUUUUAAAGUUGUCUUAUUAGAUCGCGUGAGCGAAUUUCUGGAGGGUAUGAAUGUACUGAUUUUCGCUUAUGGUACCACCAGCUCCGGAAAAACGCACUCCCUUCAAGGUAUAUUUUUAUUGCUUUUGCCUUUUAAUGAGCCUAAUCUGUUGAAUGUCUCUUUAUUAACGGGGUGCUUUUGCUUUAUCGUGAUUAUUUUGAGUUAUUUGAUUUGGCAUCUUUAUAAAAUCUCGAUAUCAAACGAUGCUGGUAUGGUUCCUAGAGCACUGGAGUCUAUUUUUCGGAGUGCGACUCUCUUGAAACAGCCAGACGGGGCACAAGAUGUGAAUUCCGGAUUUCCCUUUGCUCCGUAUGGAUUUAAUGAAAUUGAGGAGCUGAGUGUCCAAGAAUCUGAAAAACGACGCAAGGAGAAGGCUGGCAUUUUACGCUUUGUUCGUAGCCAUGACAGUAGUUUGCAAUUGUCAUCGUGUACCAGUAUUGGAACAAAUCGCUGUGAUUCUCAAUCUUCAAUUGGGGUCGAAGGUUCAGGGCUCUUGUCAGGUGACACCUUCAUGGAUGUUCCUUUCGCUUUCAAAGAGAGUGCGGCUUUUGUAUUGUGGGUCAGUUUUGUAGAGAUCUAUAAUGAGGUAGUGUAUGACCUUCUGGAUCCGGAAUUUGUGGCUGCAACUUUAAAAUCCUCAAACCGACCAUUCAAGCCGAGAAAAAAUGCAUUGGAUUUGAGGGCGGACAAAAAGGGGCAUGUUUUUGUUAAGGGUUGUAUGGUUCGCAGUAUUUUUACCCAGAUUUCAAAUUUCUUUCAAUAUUCUGAAGAUUUUCCGCUGUAUUUGGGCGUGAUUGAACGGUAUGCCACUUUGGGAAAAAUUUUCGCUAACGAACGCCUAUUUCCCGCUGUUCUGGGAGUGCGCUGGUAUCCUGUAAGCUCAUCUGCUGAAGCCAUUGCUCUGCUUCAUGUUGGCCGCCGUUGCCAGGCCGUCGGUGCAACUCGUCUCAACACAGCUUCCUCCCGCUCCCAUGCCAUCUUCUCUCUUCGAGCCCUCCGUGUUUCCACUCGUGGAAAUGCUAAUAACAUCGACUUCCGCAUGGCAUCUCUGGGCUCUUGCAGUGAACUCGUUUUCUGCGAUCUCGCGGGCAGUGAACGUUGUGUCAAGGCGGAGACCACCAAUAACUCCUGUCGUCUACGUGAAGCCAACUCGAUCAAUACUUCCCUCCUCGCUUUGGGCAAAUGCAUUACAGCUUUGCGUACUCUUGGUGGUCGAAAUCGACCUGGAGCUCCUUCCGCCUGUUACCCGGUUGUUCCCUACCGUGAAUCCCGACUUACUCGACUGUUUGCUAAUUUUUUCUCCCCUCCCGGCUUGGGGGUAGCGAGCAGCAAGGCUUGCCUUUUGGUUAAUGCAGCGCCUUGUGUUGAGCUAGUAGAUGAAACUCUCCAUGCUCUAAAGUUCUCAGCUCUAGCCUCGCAGGUCGUUUUACCUCAAGCUGAAGAGCCUUCUCCACCCAUUGUCAUUCCUGAGGUUGCAGAUGAGUUGGAAGAGGGUGGAGAUGAUUUUAGUACAAGGCCCUCCGAGCUUGAUCCAGACACCAUAAUUGUACCUGGAAUGGAUUCUACGGCCGCCGCGACAGCUGCUAUUGAAAAACAACUGAGGGCACACUUGUUGAAAAAGGGCUUUGAGCUACGUUGUUCAAGUAGUCUAAUUGGACGCAAGGCAAGUGGAUCCGCUCCGGUCAACACAAGUUCACGAAUGUCAACUCUACCCAUCGCUGUUUCUCCCAUAUUUUCCUCACCAUUAGUUAAUAAAAGUACUGAUUGCGAUACCGAAGAGCCUGCCACACUCGUACGAAAGCCCGCUGGCGAUCGCCUGGGCUCCCUCGCUCACUUUGAAUGGAUGGAGGACAUUGAGUCGGAUCUCUCUGGCCUUUCUCGGGAGGCUCUUAUUUCUGUCGUGCUGGAAGUAGUCUCCGCCUUGGCUGACACGCUUCCUGCGGAAGUAGAGGCUGCUAGGGCUGAAGCCAAUGCGCGACUUACGAAAAACUAUGGUGAUGAACUACUGCGAAUGGAGGAACAAUACGAAUCCCUAUUGGCAAAGCAGGAGCGUGAUUAUGAAGAGAAGUUGCGAAUUCUGGAGAGUAAACUUUAUCGACAAAGAAGGCGAACGCUUACGCAGGAACGAAUUUCGCCAUCUUCUAGAAAACCAAUGGCCAAAACUCGUCGGGUUGCAGAGGAUGUGUAUGAAAUGGAUGCCGAUGAAGGAGACACCAAUGCGGUCGACGAUGAAUGCCCUUCGUGUCCCAGCAAGUUUUUUUCUGUUUCGUAUGACAAGUCUUCAUUUUCAUCUCUACUAGAGCUCACAGCAGAGAAUGCGGAACUUCGAUCGAAGUUAGAGGAAGCAAAAGCAGAUUUGGCUGAACAGUCAGAAGCAAUGGUAGCCCUAUCUGAACAACGGGAUGCUCUUCAAGUUGACUUGCGCCGUGCUCAAUUCUACGCCCAAAUCGCUAGGACGAGGCUAGUUAUGAAUGGCCAGACUGACGUUUUCCCACCUCUUAUUGAGCGUGGAAGUGAUUUAGACUCAUCUCAAAUGACGGUGAAUCGAAACUCACCUCGUCUUCCAAACGUAUUCCCCCCUCUCCUGUCUCCUGUUUGUUGCUCGAAUGAAGCAGAUAUAAUCCCACCGACUCCAGAGACCGUGGUAUUUGCGGGAAAGCAAAAAAGUGAAACAGCAAGUGCCACCGAUCUGAGAGCUGAAAAUCAACAACUGCUUUCACAACUCGCUCAACUGAGGGCUGAUUUCGAUAACUCCAAUUCUCUGAGUGUCAGGCAACAAGGAAAAGAGGCUGUUGUGGUGAAGAAAGAGAUGCCUGAAGAAAUCGAGUCGAUUGGAAGGGAUGGUCGAAAUACUGUUGUCCGAAUGAACUCCUUUUUAUCCCACGAAAUUGAGUCUGAAAAACAAGAAGCUCUGGCUGAAAUGGAAUCGCGGUGCUCUUCGCUGAAUGUAGAGUUAUGCCAAGUUCGUUCUGCUUACAACGAAGCACUAUCCAAGUUGGAUGAUCUGCAGAGUCAACUUAGUGUUUAUGAACAACUCCAAAAACGCAUUGAGGAGACUGAAACGCAUGAGCAGAAAUCUGAGACGAUGGUCGAUGCUGAAGUUCAAACAGAAGACCAAUGUCAAUCAUCUAAGGCGGAUCCUAGUUCAAGCCAUGAGUCAGCUCCUCAGGAUUCCCAGCCUAAACGUGCUCCACGUGGUCGUGGUCGUCAAGUGAAAGGCCCUGCUGUCAACAGAAAAACCACUAGUGUCACAACAUCAAGAGGAGGAAGAGCUAGGGGGAGAAAACAGACAGUCUCUCAAUUGCCUGUUGAAAUUUUGAAUACUGCUCCUCAGUUUGAUGACAGUGAAGAAGAAAAUGCAUGGAGUGAGCGGCUCGCUAGAGAUCUCACUAACAUUCAAAUCUCAGGUUCCGCUUCUGGUUCAUUAGCGGCACCAGUGACUGCAACCGUAACUGGCCUUCAAUCAGUGACGACGACUGAAGAGGAAACAGAGAACGAAGAACCAGAGGAGAAAACGACGAAUAAGACACGUCGUCGAGGACGUGGAGUAACUAAGAAAAAACAUUCAACAGUAGCAGGAGAAACUGGAAGUAAAUGCGGUGAGAGCGAUAGAACUUCAGGUGGAUUUCGAAAACUAGCACCUCUAUCCGAGACUGUCAAAUUUAUUGAUAUCGACGGAAGUGCUGGACCGACUCCCCGACCUAGAAGGAACUUGAGACCAAGAAAAUGA